UUUCAAGUCCCAAGUGCGAAGCUGCCAUAAUUUUCGCUCUAAUUAAAAAAAGUAAAAUAAUAAUAAUAUUUAGUUUACUUUUCUGCAAAUUGAAGGGACGCACGAUUUUUAGUGGCAAUCUCACAGCUCUCUCUUCUUCCUUUCCCUCAAGAUCUAAAUCUAAAAAUAAAAAUCUUUACUUUUUCGGAAAGAAAUUGUUCAUCAUUCUUCAUUGUUCCCAGAAGAAGAAGAAAAAAACGAAAAUUCACAUUGUUGAGGGGGAAGUUUAAAAAAAAAAGGAUGUUUAGAUCAUCGCCAAGAAGAGGACAGAGAUCAAAGGGGUUCAAGGUGAAGCAUUGUGUGCAGCUGACUCUGUUGCUUGGUGUUGGGAUAUGGUUGCUUUAUCAAGUGAAGCAUUCUCAUGAGAAGAAAGAUCUGUUUGAGAAAAGCGCAAAGGCUGUUGUUGGUGGUGAGAAAGCCGUGAAGCUCGGGAGGAAAGAUCUUAACCCGGGCGUUGUCGUUGAGGAUGAAGCUGCUGUGAAUGUUGAUAGGGGUUUUAAUGAUAGAGAGAUUCAGACAAGAGAUGAGGUUGUAGAGGGAGGAGGUGAUGAGAAUAAGGAGAAGGAAAGUGAAGAAAGCAGCGAGGUUGAGGCUAAGAAUGACAAUGGCGGUUCAGAAGAAAGUGAGACUGAGGAGAAGAAAGACAAUGGUGGUACAGAAGAGAGGGAGAUUGAGGAGAAGAAAGACAAUGACGGUAGUGAAGAGAGUGAGGAGAGCAAAGAGAAGGGUGGUGCAGAAGAGAAAAUAGAGGAAGUGACUGAUGAGAAUGAAGGGAAGGAGAAGAAGGAUAGUGAAGAAGCAAGAGAGAAUAAUUACAAGGGAGAUGACGCUUCUAGUGAGGUGGUUCAUGAGAAGGCAGAUGAGAAGGUGCAAGUGGAAGAAGAUAAAACCGGAGAACCGGAAGACACUGUUAUUAAGAGUGUUUUGCCGACUGAUAAUGAGGGAAGCAGCAGUGAUGAGAAGAACACUGGUAAUGAUUCGGAUUCCUCUAGUGAAAUUAAAUCUGAGGGUGAAUCCAUGGAGAAGAAUGAGAGGGUGGAGAAGGAAGGGUUCAAUGAUUCUAAUGGCGACCUGACUGAGUCCAAAGAAUCUUCUGGGAAGGAGGAUGGGUCAGAGUCUAGUGUGAAGACAGACGAGAAAGAGAAAGUAGAAUCUUCUGAAGUCUCAUCUCAAGACAAGGAAGCGGAGACAAAGGAGAAAGAAGAGUCUUUGUCCCAAGAGGAACUUAAAGAUAGAGUAGCUGAGGCAAAGGAGAAAGAUGAGUCUUCGUCUCAAGAGGAAACUAAAGACAAAGAGACGGAGGAGAAAAAGGAGAAAGAAGAGUCUUCAUCGCAAGAGGAAUCUAAAGACAAGGAAACCGAGACCAAAGAUAAGGAAGAGUCUUCGUCUCAAGAGGAAACUAAAGAUGGAGAAACUGAGACUAAGGAGAAAGUAGAAGAGUCUUCGUCUCAACAGGAACCUAAAGACAAGGAAAUUGAGACAAAUGAUAAAGUAGAAGAGUCUAAAGAUGGAGAAACUGAGACAAAGGAGAAAGAAGAGCCUUCAUCUCAGCGUGAAUCUAAAGAUGGAGAAACUGAGACAAAGGAGAAGGAAGAGUCUUCGUCUCAAGAGGAAUCUAAAGACAAGGAAGCGGAGACAAAAGAGAAAGAAGAAGAGUCUUCGUCCCAAGAGAAAAGUGAAGAAGACAAGGGAAGUGAAAAAGUUGAGAAAGAAGAAGAGUCUUCGUCCCAAGAGGAAACUAAAGACAAAGAAACUGAGACAAAAGAGAAAGAAGAAGAGUCCUUGUCCCAAGAGAAGAAGGAAAACAAUGAAACCGAGAAAACUGUGAAGGAGGAUGAAUCUUCUUCACAAGAGGAAACUAAAGACAAGGAUUCUGAAACAAAGUUGAAAGAAGAGUCUUCUUCCCAAGAGGAAACUGAGACAAAAGAGAAAGAAGAUCCUUCGCCUCAAGAGGAAACUAAAGAGAAAGAAGUGGAGACAAAGGAGAAAGAAGAGUCUUCAUCCAACAAUGAUUCACAGGGAAAUGAAAGUACUGAGAGUGAGAAGAAGGAAGGAGUUAAGGAAACAGAGAAGACGAAGACUGAGGAAGACACGAGUGAAACUAGCAAAGAAAAUGGCAAUACUGAGACUGAACAAAAGCAACCAGAGGAGGAUACUACACAAACAGAGUCAGAGAAAGAGGAAAGCAACAAGAAUGGUGGUGAGACUGAGAACGAUCAACAACAUUCUGACAAUAGUCUUCCUCAAGAAGUAAAAGAUGUUCGUACUGAUCUUGAAACUCUUCCAGAUUCUGGUAAUGGAGGAAACAGUGAUAACGUUGCUGCUGAGUAGAUCAAAUUCUCUCUAGAUUUUUGAAUUUGUGUCAUGUAAUCUGUUGUAACUUUUCUUUUACACAUAUGGGCUGUAGUCACAUUUAUUUUAUUGUUUUCUAAGUUGUCUUUAGAAUCAAAUUCUUGAGACUUCAUUAUCAAUGGGGAUUAAACGUUUUUGUUGUAAGAAGAAUUUGUUGGCU